AUGAAUCCACACCACCUUAAUGCUCGUUCCCCGUCACCGGGUCGGCCUUUAAAUACCUAUCAGCUGUCCGACAAUCCAUAUCCACAGGAGCAUUUCGAGAUGCCCUCGAGCGAUCGACUAGCCGAGCAGCCGACAUACUCCGUCGAACGACUUCCGAACUCUUACGGCCACAACGAGGCCUACGAGCACCACCAACCGCAAGCCUAUCCUGGUUAUGAGUACUCCAUCGACCCCGAAGCGCACCACGAUGCCUAUUAUACUCAACCCUAUCACCCAACGGUGACACCGGCGGAGGACGAUUAUGAUCUUGGCCAAUAUCCAGAGCACCAGCCUCAGCAUCAGCACUCGUACAGCGAUGACCACGUGCCCAUCUUGCAGCCCGAUAACCCAUUCGGGCCGGACCCUUAUAGCGAUGAGUACGAGGAGGAGCCAACACUUGCGCACACCCACACACCCAGCCCGGCACCCGUGCGACGAUGGAAGACAGUGAAGGAAGUCCAGCUAUUCAACGGUAACCUCGUGCUGGACUGUCCGAUCGCACCGAAACUGCUCAGCCAAGUGCCACACGCCGAACCCCCGGGCCGCGAUGAAUUCACCCACAUGCGCUAUUCUGCCGCCACGUGCGAUCCGGCGGACUUCUUCGAGGAACGCUUUACCCUGCGUCAGAAGCUGUUCGCAAAGCCCCGACACACCGAACUAUUCAUCGCAGUCACCAUGUACAACGAGGAUGAUUUCCUGUUUGCGCGAACGAUGAUCGGUGUGUUCAAGAACAUCGAAUACAUGUGCUCGAGGACGAGUAGCAAGACCUGGGGUAAGGAUGCCUGGAAGAAGAUUGUGGUCUGUGUGAUCAGCGACGGUCGUGCGAAGAUCAACCCUCGCACGCGUGCUGUUUUGGCUGGUCUGGGAUGUUAUCAAGACGGCAUUGCCAAACAACAGGUCAACGGCAAGGAUGUGACGGCGCACAUCUACGAAUACACAACCCAAGUUGGGCUGGAGCUGAAGGGCACUCAAGUCCACCUCAAGGCUCGCACUGGCGCUCCUGUGCAGAUGAUUUUCUGUCUGAAGGAAAAGAACCAGAAGAAAAUCAACUCGCAUCGGUGGUUCUUCCAAGCUUUUGGUCGCGUGCUGGACCCCAACAUCUGUGUCUUGCUCGACGCGGGUACACGCCCCGGCAAGGACUCGAUCUAUCAUCUGUGGAAGGCGUUCGAUGUUAACCCCAUGUGCGGAGGCGCCUGUGGUGAAAUCAAGGUCAUGUUGGACCACGGAAAGAAGCUGCUUAAUCCGCUUGUUGCAGGCCAGAACUUCGAGUACAAGCUCAGUAACAUUCUAGACAAGCCGCUGGAAUCUGCGUUUGGAUUCAUCAGUGUCCUGCCUGGUGCUUUCUCGGCCUACCGGUACGUUGCGUUGCAGAAUGAUAAGAAUGGACAGGGUCCGCUGGAGCGCUACUUUGCCGGUGAGAAGAUGCAUGGCGCCAACGCGGGUAUUUUCACGGCCAAUAUGUAUCUGGCCGAGGAUCGAAUCCUCUGUUUCGAGCUGGUGUCAAAGCGCAACUGCCGUUGGCUGCUGCAAUAUGUCAAGUCUUCCACCGGUGAGACCGAUGUGCCGGAUAGAAUGGCCGAAUUCAUCUUGCAGCGUCGUCGUUGGUUGAACGGUAGUUUCUUCGCUGCGGUCUAUGCCAUUGCUCACUUUUAUCAGCUUUGGCGGAGUGACCACAGUUUCAUGCGGAAAUUUAUGCUUCUGGUCGAGUUUAUUUACCAGACGAUUAAUAUGCUCUUCGCCUGGUUUGGAAUUGGCAACUUUUUCUUGGUCUUCAAAAUCCUCACCUCGUACCUGGGCGACACUUCUCUCUUGGGCACGGUCGGUAAAAUUCUUGGAGUGGUCUUCGAGUGGUUGUACCUGGCGACAUUGGUGACAUGCUUCGUCCUCGCGCUGGGUAACCGACCUGGUGGUUCGAACAAGUUCUAUAUGACGAUGGUAUACUUUUGGAUUUGCAUUAUGAUCUACCUGGCGUUUGCAGCCAUUUUCGUGACGGUCAAAUCGAUCGAACAGCAGGUCAAGCAAAAGAGCUUUACCUUCUCCGACUUGUUUACCAAUUACCAGUUCUUCUCGAUCAUUGUCUCGCUGGGUUCGACCUACGUGAUGUGGUUCCUUGCAUCAUUCAUUUUCCUCGAUCCCUGGCAUAUGUUCACCAGCUUCAUCCAAUACAUCCUGCUCACGCCCACCUACAUCAAUGUUCUGAACAUCUACGCCUUCUGUAACACCCACGACAUUACAUGGGGUACGAAAGGUGACGACAAAGCCGAGAAGCUGCCUUCUGCCAACCUCAAGCCCGGCGGCAAGGUCGACGUCAACAUCCCCCAGGACGACGGUGAUCUGAACGCUCAGUACGAGGCCGAGCUCGCCAAGUUCGCGAUCAAGCCACCCAAGGAGGUCCCGAAUGUCUCGGAGGAAGACCGCCAGGCCGACUACUACAAGGGGUUCCGCAGUGCGGUCGUCUUGGCGUGGGUGUUCUGCAACUUUGCCCUGGCGGCGGUGGUGCUGAGCGCCGCGGGCCUGGAGACGUUCGACAGCGACUCGGAAACGACGCAGAACAAGCGCGCCACGAUCUACAUGUCGGUUGUCCUGUGGAGUGUGGCUGGGUUGUCGAUCUUCAAGUUCAUCGGUGCGAUGUGGUAUUUGGUUGUGCGCAUGGUAAGUCUGGUCUGA